AAGAGUGACGCCGGUUGAAUUCGUUGCGGAAAGAGGUUGUCGCGACUCGGGACUCUUGACGCAAACUAUGAUGCGAUAAAGCCUGGGCCCACUGCUCCGUUGUCAAGAGCCAAGAGGGAUUUUGGUCCCUGACGGUCAGUGAAUGGUCAAGUCUGCAAUCGCUAUCUAUGACGGACGAGACAAUGGUAUGCCAAUCGACGCGGUGAGUCAAAAAGAAUGCUCGAACCAGAUCAUCGGAGGAGUGAUUUGCAGAACCACAUCGAGUGAUCACAUCAUCCGAGCCAGAAAAGUCAAUCAGGUGGGCCGGAAUACAAGAACAAAUUCAACUUGGCGGCCCACUUGCGAUUUGUGGCUUCGGGAUGUUGCAAACCACAAAUCAGGAUCACUGAAAAAUCCUCCCGAAGGUGAACUUUUAAGAUCUCGUUCUCGCCUUGCACUCUUCCGCAACCUGAUACGAAAUCAUCAUGAUUCCCCGUUCGCUGUGAUGAACUCCGUAGAGGUAGACUACACAGUUCUCAUCGGCAUUUACAGCCGUAAGGCUUGGUUUUCAAGGGGCAUUUCGUCUUGCACCCACACAAUCCCAGCACGUGCUCGACACAGGCACGUAAGCUCCGCGCCUGGAUUGGGUAAGGAUCAUUCGAAGAUGAAGCGUCGUCCAUGCCAGUUUAUCGCCACAGCCGGGCGACCGAAAAGUUCUGAUCGUGCAGUUACCAAUUCAGUCUAGACGAGGCACGGGCCCAAAGACUCAGGACUCAGGAGCGAAGAGUCAGACAAGGCACGGAAUGCCGUGCUCCGUUAAGAUCCAGGGGCCCAUAGGCCUUUUUCGGCUUGCCGAGUCCUCUGGCCUGCGGCCCAGCCCUGUCCUGUCCGGUGUCCCCUUUCGGCAUAGACCUGCCAUCAUAUCACUGUCAGUGAGCGAAAUCCGAAUGGACCAAUCGACUUAUCAUGAA